AUGCAGCGGGCGGUGCUCACGACGCGGCGCCGGGCCUUCUCGCAGCAGGCUCUGCGGCGCUGGGAGGAGGUCGCCAACGGGCGGCGCGCGUCCACGGUCAAGCCCGCGAGCGCCAAGACGCUGGAGCUGGAAGGCCGCUCGUACCUGCUGCCCACGCUGACGCUGCCCAAGGGCUCGGGAAAGGCCAAGGACGCCAAAGACUCGCAGUUCUUCCAGACGCGGGCCAACAAACCCACGCCCGUGGUGCUGGACCUGCAGCAGGUCUCCAGUGACGGCUCGCCGCACUCGCAGUCGAUCAAGAAGCAUGAGCUGAGGAACGAGAUCCUGCGCCUACAGGAAGCUGGCUACAUGCCCGUGGGCAUCACCAAUGCGAGCGAGGACGUCAAGAAGGCUGCGGCGGCGCUGAGCCUGCCCUACUUCAUCGGCACGAGGCUGCAUCUGGAGCAGCAGAAGGCCGGCACGGCGACCGAGCCGCUGCCUCCCAUGGUUGUGACCCACUCGGUACGCUCUGGCCAGCAGAUUUUCGCGCAGAAUCGGUCGCUUGUGGUGCUCGGCAACGUGAGCUCGGGUGCCGAGGUGAUGGCGGACGAGGACGUGCUAGUGCUGGGCGCGCUCAAGGGCCGCGCGCUCGCCGGCAUCGGGGGCAACGCGCGCGCACGCAUCGUCUGCCAGAGCUUCGACGCCGAGCUCAUUUCCAUCGCGCACUGCUUCACGACGUGCGACGAGCUGGAGCAGGAUGAGACCGGAUCGCUGCAGCUGCACAAGCCGACGGCCAUCUCGCUGCAGGACGACCGGCUGGACUUUGAGUCGUCGACAGUGUGACCGCAUUCGACGGGUUUUGCACGAGAGGGAGCGCACUUUCACCACCAAGACUGGCGCUUGUAUAUCUACCCUACUGUCCUCCUUCUCCGCCGAGGACGUCCUACAGCUUACUCUUACUCCUAGCCAAAAACUGCAAUAAAUAAUCUGCUCUACACUACACUGGAUGCGGUUGAUCGUGUCUGUCUGCUACAACUCGCUGCUGCGCGUCCAGCCCACGGUCGAGCGGAAGGUUUCGCACUCGUUCACGACGUCCUGCAGGUCGCGCCGGUACUCGAACGUGCUCUGGCAGUCACGACUGCAGAACGCGCUCGUGUCGGGCGCAACAGCCAGCAGCCGGAAGAACAGCAGCCCGCAGUUGUAGCACGUGAGCUGCGCCGCCUUGCGUUGCGCCUGCGUGCGGAAGGCCGGCCGCACGCGCGCGUCCGUGGGCGUCCACUCGGCCGUCUCCUUGAUGCACUCCUGGCAGGCCUGGAACUGCAGCUGCUGCCGUCGCCACUGCGCGCGCGCUCCCGCCUCCUCCAGCUCCUUCAGCAGGUGCACGCGCUGCCAGUCCGAGCAGAAGCUGCUGGCCGCGGUACUCGCCGUGCUACUGGUAUCAUCCGCAUCAGUCUGCGGGUCGUCCACCGUCUUGGCUGGCGCUCGGGUCUCCAUGUCGACGGGGCAGGAGCUCGCGCGCGGCCGCAGAUGCAGUCGCCGCUGCACGAAGCGCCACGCGCGCGCGUAGAUGCUGGCGUCCUGCGGCGACGCGCAGCAGUCCGCGCUGCUGGCGGUGCAGGUGAGACUCGGCGCGCAUUGCGCGGGCGACACCCGCGGGUUGUUCGUUGGUGCUGCCGGCAUGAAGAAGGAGGGUGGAGUGGGGGUUCUUAUUCUGUCUCGGUCUUGCGGGGGUUUCC